AAUCCCGCACGCGCCUUGUAUUCGAUUGUGCACAAUUUGCGAAUAAUAGCGCACGACUAGCACGUUAGAUUCCUGUUCACGAUUAUUUUCUAUAACAAUCUAGUCUUUGCAAGAAAACAUUAUUGCCAGCGUUAAGGUUCGUUGUUGACAAAGUAUUCAGUUAAAACCCACCGCAAUGGACUACCAAAAGCGACUCGAUAUGAUGCAGAUGUUCCAAGAGCCUGCCGAAUACAAACCUCCGAGCACGGUGGAAGAGUUGGCCUGCAGCGUCGAUUAUCCGAACCUGAACUCGCUGCAGUACCGUUUGACGCGCAGGCAGCCUCCGAAUGUAUUGCAUCCUUGUCUAGAGCAUGCUGCACGAAAUUGCCAUGGCCAGGUCAUUGUGGCCGGCAACGAUAUUAUGGGACGGCGCUGGGGAUCGAGCUUCUACGGAUGGGAAAGCGCCGGGGAGGUUUUGAACGAUGCCACAGUUAGUUUCAAACGACAGUGCCGAUACUGUGUCACGGCGUUAAAGUUUACGAAAGAUCCCAAUUUGUUUCUCGUGGGAACCGACAAAGGUUCCGUCGAAUUGUGGUCCACACGGAACGAGGCUCGCGGUGAAGGUUAUUCACUGUACCUGAUUGACGGACAGUCGGAGCACAUUGAAGGGGUGUCCGCUAUGGAUGUGCUUGAAGGCGAGGGAAGUAAACUAGUCACCGGAUCGAAUGAUGGAUGCUUGAAAAUAUGGAAUUAUGCGGCCGAUCUCCAUUCGGUCACUACAAUGACACUGGCACACACGGAUGCAAUAACCGGACUAUCGAAUAAUCGAGAGGACAGUUCGGUGUUUGUCUCAUCCUCUCUGGAUCGCUCCGGACUGAUGUGGGAUUUGAGAAAAACCAGACCAGCAUCGGCCUUAUUUGAAGGGCAUAAGUUUGCCUUUACCGCGGUCUACUGGACAACGCGGCAGGAAGCAAACCAAAUUGUCGCCCUCGGAGAUGAAGCAGGCAGUGUUCACUUCAUCGACAUUCGACAGCCGAACAUUCCAACGCAUUCCGUGAAGGUUUUCAACAGGAAGGUCCAUAAGAUCUCGUUCAACGGCACGCAAUUUGUUGUCCUUGGUAAUACGAACCAAGCCAGGUUUUACGAUCAAAACCUUACGUUGGUUCACGAGUGUACACCAGCGGAGAAUUAUCUUCGGGAUGUGCUAUGGGAGACUGGCAGCUCACAUGGGAAGUCAAGCUGCUGGUUGGUCGGCUGGGACUCCUUUUUCCAAACGGUGGAGUUCUGAAUACGGACACUGGCAAUGUAAAUUGACUUAAGCAUUAUUGUUAUCGCCUGUAAAAUUUACAAUUUCACAAACUUUCACUGCCCCUGAUCGCAUCGUCCGAAAUGAAAGAAAAACUUUACACGAAGAAAAUUGCCAUUUAUGUUUCUAGACGCGUUUCUCAUGCAAAUUGUUAUACUAAAAUAAAUUGCAUGUUUUGAAAUACGAAAUACGAGAGCUCCAAAAAGUAUGUCUGAUUUGAUGGUCAAUAUUACAGAAUGCGACUGAUAUGCUAUGUAUGGUUGGGUUGUGCCACAUUCCCCAUUUCCACUUCCCCGAAUUAGACUCUGCCUUCUUUUGACUGCUGCUCGUUAUUUUACAUUCGGGCAAUGUAAUUCGGAGUGAUGGCGUUCGGGGUAAUGGAGCACAAUCCAUAAUAUGAAAGAAGCUGCCAGUCGUUAAUGCGUAAUAGGUGUUAGUAUGCGAUUAUAGUCAGUUCAGUCUUCUCCUCUUUCUUUUGUACUAUGUACCUAUUUUAUAAUUUCUCAUAUACCUCAUAACCAAUCAACAACAACGGA